GCCUCGGUUAGCAUUAGCCUGCUGGCGGAGGAGCUGAAAAGCUGAGGAAUUACUCUGUAAGAAAAAAACUCACAGUUUAUCAGAAUAAGCUCCGGUGCGUUGGCGAGCGCAGGACGGGGCUCUGCUCGUGUAAACCACGUCAUGUGACUGUCCUGAUUUUGCAGCGUUUAGUUUCUUUUUUCUUUUUUUGUCUCCUUUAAUUUGGUUUUCUUCGUCAUAUACAGUCAAAGUAGGACUUGUAAUCGAGCAGUCAAGCGCUCCCUGACUUUCUGUGAACGGUGGAUUUGCUCUCUGGUGGAAAAAGAAAGUGCUGCAGAAAAAAAAAAGCCAACGGAGUUAAGGCAGUGAAAUUGAAAGAAGGCUACCUCAAGAAAACCACGGUGACGGUCACGGCACUGUCGACACGUUUUUACUCGUCGCUGGAUGUUUUAUCUCGCAGAGAGGACACGCAGAAGGGAUGUUUAUCAAGUUUGAGGAACGGUCUCAGCGGCAACCUCUAACAAUGGGAUUUCAGAACUACUGAAGAGACUGUGACAAAAGACGAGGGAAGAGGGCAAGCGAGGAGAACAAAAGGAGAGGGUUGCGGGGGAGCUGGAGGCGGUUUUGAAAAAGGAAUCAGUUCUUUCGGGCCCACUGGGGGGUGUGCAUGCUGCCCCCUCAACUGGACAUCCUCUUUUGUGCCAGCGCAAGAAAACAAAAGCAAGUAUGCCCAAUAAACUGAGAGAGUUCCGGGAUGCGGGCUGCUGCAUGCCGAGGCUUGGGGGCAGGACUACGGCGCUUCUCCUGCUGACAGUAAUGCUUGCAGGGGCCCAGGCACAUUGGCCCCAGGGGCCCAUGGAGGUUCUGGGGGACAUUUCUGGGCAGUUGGAGGCUUCCAUGCACUCCUCAGUACUUUCCGGUUUCCAGGAAGCGGAAGUGGUGGCGGCCGCGGCGUCACAACCCAGCAGCCUCCCCGACUCAGCAGCGGUGGUGGGACGAGUGUUCCAAAUGCGAAUCCCCACCAAAGCCAAGGACUCCAGUUGCACAGUUAAGGUUACUGAGGCAGGCAAAGAUACACUACCAGCAUGGUUGCAUUGGGAACCAGUGAGCAGCACCCUUCAAGGACUUCCUCUGGAGGUAGACAAGGGUGUCCAUUACAUAUCCAUCUCCAUUACAGAUGCAAGUCAUGUGUCCCAGAGCCCUGAUGUAUUCUCCAUCGAGGUUCAUCCAGAGGAACAUGCUGACACUGAUCCCAUUCAGUUAGCAGCCCAAUCAGCCAGCAAUGAUUCUCAGCCUUUUGUCUGUGGCAAUGAAGAGCCUGUUACUGUGCUCACAGUCAUUUUGGAUGCAGAUCUUACCAAGAUGAGCUCCAAGCAGAGAGUGGAGCUUUUGGCAAAGAUGAAAAAGUUCUCUGGUGUGGGGCUCCAGCACAUGAGGAUCUUACCUGUUGUCAACAAUCGCUUGUUUGAUAUGUCAGCUUUUAUGGCUGGACCAGGAAAUGCCAAAAAGGUGGUAGAAAAUGGUGCUCUUUUGUCCUGGAAACUAGGCUGUGCCCUGGAUCAAAGCAACAUUCCCAACAUCAGCAGUGUUCAGAUUCCAGCAAAGGAAGGGACAAUGUCUGCACAGCUGGGAUACCCUGUUGUAGGAUGGCACAUUGCUAACAAGAAGCCUCAUGCACCUAAAAGGGUCCGGCGGCAGCUAAACAACACCCCUACACCUGUCCCCUCUUUGCUUCCUCCAACAACGUACCCUGAGCCAACCACCCGCAUUGUGCCUACACCUACAUCACCAUCAUUUGGACCGACCUCAGACAGCUCUGCACCGCCUGUCCGGGGCCCUGUACCAUGGCCUGUAAGACCCACACAACGUACCAGAGAUCCAAUUGCCCACACCCCCACAAUGGGGCCCCCUCAGCCCACAAAAAUUAUGGACACCACCAGUACAAUUGCUAUCCAGCCCACGAUGACCAGGCCAGUAUAUGUUGGUCCUUCUGUAACUCCACCAACACCAACCACAAGGAAACCAACAAAGAGGCCCAAGAAACCCAAGACUACCCCCGUGUCAAGAGAGCCUAAGACCACCACGGCCAAGCCUCCCAGACGCCCACCUCCCUCAGUUGUUUUCCCUGACAGCAAUGUGAGACCGGAGUUGCGGAACCCAAUUGAUCAGGUAAAGGCAUACAUUGGCACAUACUUUGAGGUGAAGAUUCCAUCAGACACAUUCUUUGACAAAGAGGAUGGUACAACAGACAAAUUAAGACUAACCCUGAGGAAGAACAGUGAAGUUGUUGGAGAGGACUCUUGGAUUCAGUUCAAUAGCACUAGCCAGUUGCUUUAUGGAUUACCAGACUGGCAGCAUGAGGGUAAACAUGAGUACUUUAUGCAGGCAACUGACAAAGGUGGUCUCUACACAACAGAUGCUUUUGAGGUCCGUGUCAAUCGUUUCGGAAACAAUGUUAAGCCGCCAGUUCUUUUUGCUGCUCGGUUCCAAGGGGAACCUCGUUCUGUUACCAAUGAUAUCCACAAGAAGAUACUUCUCGUCAAGAAGCUGGCCUAUUCAUUUGGUGAUCGCAAUUCUAGUUCAAUUACGCUGAGAAACAUCACCAAGGGGUCCAUUGUAGUGGAGUGGACCAACAACAGCCUCCCGCAACACCCGUGCCCCAAGGAGCAGAUCCAGGCAAUGAGUCGAAGGAUCUCUGAUGCUGAAGGCAGGCCUUCACCAAUAUUCAGCAAUGCCAUGGAUCCAGACUUCAGACCCAUAAACAUCACCAUCAAAGGAAUGGAAAGCUGUCGCAGCUACAUGUUUGUUCCACCAGCUGAAAUCUCAGACCCAGUUACAACUACUGUUACUCCCACUUUGGGAGCGGGACGACAGAGCACUGAUGAUGUUUAUCUUCACACGGUCAUACCAGCUGUGGUCGUUGCAGCAAUUCUGUUGAUUGCAGGCAUCAUUGCCAUGAUUUGUUAUCGUAAGAAGCGCAAGGGGAAGCUUACCAUUGAAGAUCAGGCAACUUUCAUCAAGAAAGGAGUGCCCAUCAUCUUCGCUGAUGAACUUGACGAUUCUAAGCCGCCUCCAUCAUCUAGCAUGCCUCUUAUCCUUCAAGAGGAGAAACCUCCUCUUCCCCCACCUGAGUACCCCAACAUGGCCAGUCCAGAGACAACACCUCUGAACCAGGACCUUUUGGGUGAGUACACAGGCCUACAAGAUGAGGACCCUAAUGCCCCUCCUUACAAGCCUCCACCCCCCUUCUCUACCCCCAUGGAGGGUAAGGGGUCCCGCCCCAAGAACAUGACCCCGUACAGAUCCCCACCUCCAUACGUGCCGCCCUAAUGUUUGUUGAUCCCUCCGGUUGUGGAGGACAGGGAACUUGUGCAGUUCCAACUCCAUUGUUGUCUCUUUGCAUUUUUGGAUGUUGGAGGGGCUCUGCGGUUUGGGACAUUGCGUUGGGAGGGUUGGGACGAUUUCGUUAAAAAAAAA